AUGUGUGGAGACUGCAGUGCAUUAGGAAACAAGCUGGUUGCUUUAGGCCUCGAUAUCAACAGCGACCAAGGCAACUGGAUAGGUACUGAGGGGCUCUUAGACCCGACUCUGGCAGAUGAGGAUGUGGACACUUUAUUAAAGGCGCGACGGAGGCAAAUAGAGGAGUUCGUUGAGGAUUUCGAGUCGGCCUUGUCGGAGAUGAACGGCGAGAGCUCUCUUACGAGUGUUCCCUUUCCACUGUGUGAAAGUACGCAGAGAAGACUGAACGAACUGCUGGUCAAAAUGGACGGCGAGACAGUUGAAGAUUCAGAAACGGAGGAGGUUGAAGAUUCUUGUAGUGCUAGUAAGGAGGACUAUGAUGAUGUUGGUGAGCAUCAGGGAAGCAUGCUUGUGGGGGAGGAGCCGCCGGUGCUGAGAGUCUCGUCUGACGAGUUGCAGUCGGCCCCUAUCACCCAGGUCGACACUGCUAUGGCCUUUAUAACGGACAAAAGCUCUGGUGUUCCGUUCCGCUCGAAGCAUCGAGAGCCUACUGUAUCGGAUGUGACGGGGGCACUCGGGGCAAUGCGAAUGUUACGUGAGGCGGAGUCGAAUCCUCUCUGUGCAAGCAGUGCGGCAGUUGCGAGCAGUGCCGCGUCAAUCUCCUGCAAGAAUGCUUCCUCUGAUGUUCUCUGCCGAUUUGGCGUUAUCGCUGAUGUGCAGUAUGCCGAUAAGGACGACGCUUAUAACUUCGCUAAGACGAAAGUCAGACACUAUCGCAAAUCGGUCGAGACUCUUGCUCGGGCAGUAGACUGGUGGAACUCCUUACAGUCGCCCUGUGUGGAUUUCGUGGUGAAUCUCGCGGACUUGAUCGAUGGUCAUAAUCGCGGAACCAACACUGAGAAGGAGGCGAUGGCAACCGUUAUGUCAGAGCUGGAGAGGCUGAAGUGUCGGAAUAAGCUUGUCCACAUGGUUGGAAACCACGAGCUUUAUUGCUUCACGAGGACCGAGUUAGCGAAGCCCCAAGUGUUCCCUCCGACACAACUCUCAUACGCCCUCUCAAGACCUCCAUCGCUUGCAGACUCGGUAUACCCAACAGGCGAUCCCUCAACGUUUUACUACUCCUUCGUACCUUGUCCAGGAUGGCGCAUUGUGAUACUGGACCCGUACGAUCUGAGUGUUAUGCGAGAAGGAGGCGGCCGCCACGGCAUCGAACUGUUGAAAGGCCACGGUUUGGACCCUGAGGGGACAGCGUUGUGUCAGAGUCACAACCCGAACGAUAUUGGCAUACAGAAAGAUUUCUUUCAAGGUCUGCAGGGCCUCGAGUCCCGCUGGGUGCCAUUCAAUGGUGGCUUUGGCAAGACGCAGGUGGACUGGUUGCGCAAUCUACUGCAUGGAUGCCACGAGGAUGAAACCAACGUCAUUCUCUGUUCUCAUGUUGUCAUACACCCAGAAGCCACUUAUGAGGGUAACUGUCGAACACUGGCAUGGAACUAUGAGGAUAUUCUCAAGGCUAUGUAUGAUUUCCCUUGCACCAAGCUGGUCCUCUGCGGUCACCUACAUCGAGAGAUCUACUAUCAAGAUGACUAUAGCAUCCAUCACUACUGCUUGCCGAGCCCUAUGGAGUGGGACGCUGACGAGUGCGCUGUUACCUGCGACAUAAUGUCCUGUGGCGAUAUUCGAGUGACUGCUUCGGGUGGGAUCAGCGACCGAUACUUCAAGUGCAGCAAUUAAAAGGGAUGUCUGUUGAUUAGUUAAUGAUAACUGUCCAUUUUGUUACUAUACACUGUUUCCUGCUGCUGCUGGUAGUUGCGGCGUGUUACAAUAC